AUGAUGGACUUUGGACUACUGGUUGCAAUGUUCGUCGGUGUAUCUAAACAGAAUACUACAUUGGUGUUUAUCAUGGCUGGUAUACUCAUGGCCAACUCAUUCCUCUUGAUCAUUGGAAUGUUUGCACGCUCCACCAGGAUGACUGCAAAGAUGCGGGAUACCGCAAUGAAGUACACCUGUCAAUAUCACAACAAGGGUAUCUCAUUCGAUAUUCAUGCCAAGUACUUCUCAUGCUCUGGCAAGAAGUUUAGAUUCAGAUUGAAGAUAACUAUACCUGAUCAACCGGUGAUGCCAUUGCAGUAUGUGGCCACCAUUGAACAGAACAACAAUCCAUUGUCAUAUCAACAGCAACAAGCAAAUAGACCAUCGUUCGAGUAUGGUGUACCUCGUCCUUACGUACCACAACAAGUACAAGAUAGAUUGCAAGAGCAACAACAACAACAACAGAUGCAACAACAGUACAAUCUUUAUGUCCAACAACAGCAACAACAACAGUAUAAUCAAAAUACUCCACUACUACGCAAUGAUGUCAGCUUCCAACCAAUCCAGGUGGCACCUGUACCCGUCCCUGUCCAAGUGGCACCUCAGUCACAGCAACAGCGAUCACAGAACCCAUCAGCAUUCCUCAUAUCCAUUGAUCAGAAUGACAUCUAG